AUGUCAAGCGUUAGGUUAUUCAGGUCCCUGGCGCGGCCUGCGGCCCUCCGGCUUCCCAGACAAGCCGUCAUCACCCCUCACGUCCGGCACCAUUCCCAGAAACACCCACAAGGCUUUGAGCCGCCAUCAGAGGCCGACCUGAGCGAAUUGAGAGAGCGAGUACAAGAAUUCACGCGGCGAGAAAUAACGGAGGAGGUAGCGGCGCACACGGACAAGAGCAACUCGUUCCCCAACGACAUGUGGGCCAAGCUGGGCGAGGCCGGGUUCCUAGGCAUCACGGCGGACGAGGAGGUGGGAGGGUUGGGGAUGGGCUACCAGGCACACUGCGUGGUGCUGGAGGAGCUGUCGCGGGCGUCCGGGUCGAUCGGGCUCAGCUACGCGGCGCACUCGCAGCUCUGCGUCAACCAGAUCCAGCUCAACGGGACGGCCGAGCAGAAGAAGAAGUACCUCCCCGGGCUGAUCGCGGGGACCAGCGUCGGCGCGCUGGCCAUGUCGGAGUCCGGGGCGGGGAGCGACGUGGUCAGCAUGCGGACGACGGCGACGAAAGUGGACGGCGGCUACGUGAUCAACGGGUCCAAGAUGUGGAUCACCAACGGGCCGGACGCGGACGUGAUCGUGGUCUACGCCAAGACGGAGCCGGACAAGGGGUCCAAGGGCAUGACGGCGUUCCUGGUCGAGACCAAGACGGACGGGUUCAGCUGCCAGCGCAAGCUGGACAAGAUGGGCAUGCGGGGGAGCAACACGGGCGAGCUCAGCUUCGACGGCGUGUUCGUGCCCGAGGCCAACGUGCUGGGCCGCGUCAACGGCGGCGUGCGCGUGCUCAUGGAAGGGCUCGACCUGGAGCGGCUGGUGCUCAGCGCGGGGCCCCUGGGCCUCAUGCAGGCGGCGCUGGACGUGGCGCUGCCGUUCACGCACCAGCGGAAGCAGUUCGGGGCGCCCAUCGCGCACAACCAGCUCGUCCAGGGCCGGCUGGCCGACAUGUACACCAAGCUGCAGGCGUCGCGGUCUUACACGUACGCGACGGCCCGGGAGGUGGACGAGGAGGGGGUGAUCCGCACGCAGGACUGCGCCGGCGCCAUCCUGUAUGCGGCCGAGAGGGCCACCGAGUGCGCGCUCGACUGUAUCCAGCUUCUGGGCGGCAUGGGCUACGUGGAGGAGAUGCCGGCGUCGAGAUUGUUGAGAGAUGCGAAAUUGUACGAGAUCGGAGCGGGCACAUCGGAAAUCCGCCGCAUGGUGAUUGGAAGGGCCUUCAACAAGGAGUAUGCCCAUAUGUCGAGAUAG